UAUUGACCGGUCUCAGGGGAUGGGGGAACCCCAGACCCCGGAUGAAGAGUCCAUCUUGGCUUAGCUUGUACCGCUUCCUGCCUUUUCAGAUCUUUGCUUUUCAACAAGGAGAAUAUGACAGAACAACAGUUGGACUGUGCUUUGGAUUUGAUGAGGCGCUUGCCUCCUCAGCAGAUUGAAAAGAACCUUAGUGACCUUAUAGAUCUUGUGCCUAGCUUGUGAGACCUUUUGUCAUCGGUUGAUCAACCUCUGAAGAUAGCUCGUGAUAAAAAUGUGGGCAAGGACUAUCUUCUUUGUGACUAUAACAGAGAUGGAGACUCCUACAGAUCUCCUUGGAGUAACUCGUAUGAUCCUCCUCUUGAUGAUGGAACUAUGCCAUCGGAACGACUGAGACGGCUAGAAGUAGAGGCUAAUGGAGCCUUUGAUCAGUAUCGAGAAAUGUAUUUUGAGGGAGGCGUGUCGUCAGUCUACUUGUGGGACCUUGAUCAUGGUUUUGCUGGUGUCAUUCUUAUCAAGAAAGCUGGAGAUGGAUCCAAGAAAAUCAAGGGUUGCUGGGACUCCAUCCAUGUUAUAGAAGUACAGGAGAAAUCAAGUGGCAAGAGUGCGCAUUACAAACUGACCUCCACUGUCAUGCUUUGGCUACAGACCAGCAAGGAAGGUUCUGGAACCAUGAACUUGGGUGGCAGUCUGACUAGGCAGGUGGAGCAAGAUUCCUCUGUCAGUGAUGCCUCACCACACAUAGUAAAUAUUGGCCGAAUGGUAGAGGAAAUGGAAAACAAGAUUAGAAAUACAUUGAAUGAGAUUUACUUUGGCAAAACUAAAGACAUUGUCAAUGGCUUGCGGUCUAUCACGCCUCUUGAGAGUCGUCUUAAACAAGAGGCCUUGCGCAAUGAUCUUGUGGCGGCUCUUUCCAAACGACCUCAGGCUCAGUGAUAUCAUUUACAUGGUUCGUCACGGCAUUCCUAUAAUCACAAUUACAAGGUCGUAUUUGGCUGAUUCAUCUAAGCAACUGAUCAAUACCGCAAAGCUGAGAGUGCUGACAUAGUGAACUGAAUGUGUGGAUAAACAGGAUGCUUGCAACAGUUGCCACAGACCAUGGAGAUUUUAUCAAACAGUUCUGUUAAAGCUGUAUUAAAAUUCCUUAACAACUUAUUUUGCCAAAUAUGUCCGAUUUCUCCAUGAACUGUCUUGUCAGAAUAAUCUCUUGCCUUUGGCCAGAGGAGAUUCACAGUCCUAAGAUUGAGUAUGAAACUGAUGUGGAAUGCAAAACCAUUUAGGCUUGUUGAGAAAAGCGAAAUAUGCUCCAAGGUGUUAAGAGGGUGCAGUUUUAUUCCAGAAUAUAGGUAAUGCGGCAAGUCAGGUUUAUUUUUUUGUGAAAAGAUGAUAACAAAAGAUAUAGCAUUUGCUUACAAAUUUAUCUUAAAUUUUAGUUUUCUAAGUUUAUACAUCAUCUUAUCAUUUUGGGAUGAGUUUCCAUUAAUGGAGAUCAGGAAUACUUCAGUCAAGUCCAGGGUUUUAAAGGCAAUGUUGGAUCAAAUUCUUUUUUCAUUACUUUUUUAAUAAAAUAUGUUUCAAAUAUUAAUUUGCUUUCCUUUUCUUGCACUAGUUUUAAAUGCAUAUUCAAGCACAAAUUCAGCUUGAUACUUUUUCCAGACAAUUGAGAGAUUUUCAGUGACAAAUUAUCACGUUUUUGUGCAUGAAAAUAACUACAUACUUACCCAGAAAUACAUAACAUUUAUGACAAAAGCAAGCACAAAAAGAAUUUGCAGUUAACAGCAUUCUUUCACCGACUACUGUGAAAGUUGUGGCAGUGAGGACCUCGGCCUAAAAUUUCUGUUAUCAAAAGAGAUAGAUUUUGAUUGUUGGCAUUUCCUUCUGCAAUAGCAAGGUCUGGAAUGAAAAUUGUUUAGCAUGCUACACUUUUAGCAGCUUAUGCUGCUGGACACUGUAAAGAACUAAUAAUUGUUUACAUAAAGUUUAAUCAUAAUGCACAUUGUGGUUCAUGUUGCCAAAGUUUCCUAGAUGACUGAAUUGAAAAUAUUAGUUGCAUUUGAUUUUUUGUGGGGGUAGGUAUUUGUAGCAUUAGAUUUUUCUUUCAGUUUUCUGCUAUGCAUAAAAUUAUAGGGUGUAUAAGUGGUUUCUUCUGAGGGCUAACAUAUGUCCUCUGAAUGUUCCAGUUGUCUAAAUUUUUCUGAGAACUGGGUAUUAAUGUGGGCUUUUACCAUAUUUCAUGUCAUGUGCAAAUUAGCAUUAAGAUGUUGAGAUUAGCCGGGAGAAUGGUACUGUAGAGAGAUCACUUCUGGAGAGUCUAUGGGUUUUUUUCUUUCAAAAAUGCACAUUACAUCUUUAUAAAAAAUAUUAAGUUAUCUAUUAGAAGCGAUAGAAAUGGGUACUUGAAAAUUUUAUAGGGGCCAAAGAAAGGGAAGAGGAAAGCACUCUUCAUGAAGCUUCAACAGUGUCUUGCAAAAUCUUGAGAUUUUAGAAAAUGCUGUGCAAAACUGUAUGAUUAUAUGGACUGUACAUUAACGAUAGCAUUUACUGUAUGAAUAUGAGUGCAAAUUUGUAUGUUUUAUGUGAAAAAAUGCCAUUUAACUUUUGAAGUUGACAAAAAUAUCUUCAUACAACCA